AUGGCGUCGAUGAAGGAUAGCGACACUGGCCUGUGGCUUCAUAAUAAAUUAGGCUCAACAGACGAACUUUGGGCACCUUCUAGCAUUGCUUCUCUCCUAACCGUUUCAGUUAUCGACAACAUAAGGCUGUGUUUUUCCAGUUUGUCGCCUCCGGUGAAGCUGAAACUCCUGCUUGGUAUGCUGCAUCUUCCCAGGAGGACAGUUGAUGAGAUGAAAGAAGCCCUCUCGGAGAUCAUCCAGCUAGCCACGGUGGAUUCAGAGCCCUGGGUGUUGAUGGUGGCUGAUAUUCUCAAGUCAUUCCCAGAGACGGGCUCUCUCAAUCUGGACCUGGAAGAGCAGAACCCCAACGUACAGGACAUAUUGGGGGAGCUUCGCGAGAAAGUUGGCGAGUGUGAAGCGUCGGCCAUGCUGCCCCUGGAGUGCCAGUACCUGAACAAGAGUGCGCUGACCACCCUGGUGGGACCCCUCACGCCGCCAGUCAAACACUUCCAGCUCAAACGAAAGCCCAAGAGCGCCACCCUCAGGGCCGAGCUGCUACAGAAAUCCACAGAGACUGCACAGCAGCUGAAGAAGACAGCCGGAGUGCCCUUCCACGCCAAAGGCAGAGGGCUGGUCAAGAAGAUCGACACCACAACUCCUCUCAAGGGGAUACCCAAGGCCCCGUUCCGCAGCCCCACCACCCCCAGUAUGUUCAGCCCGCCCAGCAACCGGACCCCCAUCGCCCCGCCCCGCACGCCGCUGCGCAAGGAGAGAGGAGUCAAGUUGCUGGACAUCUCAGAGCUGGACAUGGUGGGUGCCGGCAGGGAGGCCAAGAGGAGAAGGAAGACACUGGAAUUGGAGGCGGGCGAGAAGGCGGCGAAGGAAGACGCGGUGGUGGAGAACGCCACCCCAGACUACGCAGCUGGUCUGGUCUCCGCCCAGAAACUGGGGGCGCUGAACAGCGAGAGCGCCCUCCCCUCCACCAGCUACCUGCCAGCCACUCCCAGCAUGGUGCCUUCCUCCUCCUACAUUCCCAGCUCAGAGGCACAGCCAGCCAAUGCCGGUGGUUCAGGCCGCGACACCUUGCAGUCGUCGCGGCAACCGGGGGAGGAGCCGGGCACCCCGGGCGGUGUGGGCGGGGCCAGCCUGCCGGGCCAGUACAAGCAGCGCACGGCCAUGUACAACGCCGCCACCACGGCCGCCGCCACGGCCACGCCCAGCCCCGCCACACCCGCCUCCCCCAGCACGCCUGCUGCCACGCCCGCCAGCAACGGCCCCCCCGCCGCCGCCACGCCCGCCGCCGCCGCCGCGGGUAACGGCCAGCCGGAGGCCCCGAGCCAGCCGCCCAGCACGCCGCUACAGACCCCCACGCCCGCGCCGGCCCCGCCCCCGCCCAAGAAGAACCUCUCGCUCACGAGAGACCAGAUGUACGCCGCCCAGGAGAUGUUCAAGACGGCCAACAAGGUCACCCGGCCAGAGAAGGCUCUGAUCCUGGGCUUCAUGGCCGGCUCCAGAGAGAACCCGUGCCCGGAGCAGGGCGACAUCAUCCAGAUCAAGCUGAGCGAGCACACAGAGGUGCUGCCCAAGGCGGACGGGACGGGCAGCACCACCAUGUUGGUGGACACCGUCUUCGAAAUGAACUAUUCCACCGGCCAGUGGACGCGCCUCAAGAAGUACAAGCCCAUCGCCACCACCUCCUGAGGCCCGGCCCGGCCGCCCAGAGGACCUUCUCACACACACACACACACACACACACGCAUCCAAACACACAUACACACACACGCGUGGCUGUAUAAAUACACAAACUGUACAGGAGACGCAGCGUGGUGACAUGCCUACACUUUUCUUUGGGCCAAAAUCCAAGCUCCCGGAAGUCCCUGCAGAGCCAAAGACGCAGACGACGGAGGAAUCCCCUCUGUUUGUUGUUCUUCUGUUUGUGGGGGGGGUUAUGUUUUGAUUUCUUUCUCUCCCCCCGUCCCCCCCCGUCCCUGUUUUUAUUGUUGGGUUUUUAUGUUUAAAGUCUCUGAAGAUUCCUGAAUGUUCUCAUGGGAGAGAAUGAAUGCAGGGGGUGGGUUGGGUGGUGGGGCGAGAGACGGAGAGUGUAUUUGGAGGGUCAUUUAUGGGUUGGGGGCGAGUUAAAGGUGAGUUCUCCUCUAAAGGAAGUUACUCUUUAAUAUCUGCUUGUGUCCCUUCCCCAUAACUGUAUGACACGCGCUGCAGUUUCUGUAUCAACCGGAGACCUUCGUUCUCUUCCUGUUCACACAAACGACGAAUCAGAUGAAUGAAAUAUAUAUACAAAGAUGGCCGAAGCAAGCGUUGACAGCCCCAGAAGAGACUGAUGCCGUGGAGAUCCGUUUGGGAACUUUCUCAAAGUCGUUUGGGUUUCGUCCUAUUUUUUCAAAGAAAGGAUGGAAAUAAAACAAAACCGACUCCA